AUGACGAAAAGUAUAUAUGAUCGACAAUUAGAUAUAAAUUUAUUUAAACGUUUACAUCCAACAAAUUUUGCUCUUGUACCAAAACGUUCUUUAAGCAUUUUAGGACCAGGUUCAUAUAAUCCAAUAACUAUUGAUGAAAUUUAUCGUCAAAAAUCAUGUAGUAAAUAUGGACCUUAUUAUCAACAAUCAAAUAGAUUUCCAUCAAUAAAUCGUAAAUCGAAACAUUUAUGUUAUAUUCAACCAUUAAUAUAUGGUUUAUCUAAUAUUCCCGAUGAAUUAAGAAGAAAAAAUGAAUUUAAAAGGCGUUAUAAUGCUAUACGACUUGAUCGACAAAGUAAUGAUAUAUGUCGUAAACGAAGAGAACUCGCACCUCGUGCUCCACCUGUUACUUUAUAUGAAAAGUCAAGUUUUGUUGAUGAACUUAAACGAAUCUAUGGACCUUAUGUUAAACUAGCACAAGAUUAUUACAGAAAAAUACCAGAUUGGUACAAAGGACCAGCCCGACUUCAAAUCAAAUCACCUCCAUCUAUUCUUGAAUCUCUUUUUUCAAAAUCUAAUUGUCAUAAAGGCAAAUUUUUACCAAUUCCUUCUAAUCUCAAUGCAAAUGAAAAUCAAAUAAAAACUUCGCCUGGACCAACUACCUAUUUUAAAGAUACAUUUUCUCAACGGCAACCUUCAAAAAUAAAUCAAGAAAAAACUUCAUUACUUGGUUUUCUUUCAUCAACAGAACGAUUUCAUAAAACAAAACUUUCAAUCUCACAUCUAGGUCCAGCUUCAUAUAAACCUGAGGCUUGUAUUCGAUUAUGUUCAAACAAAACGAAAAAACAAAGAAAUAAAUAG